AAAAGUCGCGGUGGACCUUCCCUACGGCCUACAGACCUGGCGCUUUACGGUGCCAGGCAUUGCUGAGCCGGGAGAUGUCGACUGCGUUCCAGGCGGAGCCCUGGGGUCCUUCCAGGAGCUUUGCCAAGCGGGUCCUGGUGACCGGGGGUGCUGGUUUCAUUGCAUCACAUAUGAUUGUCUCUUUAGUAGAAGAUUAUCCAAAUUAUAUGAUCAUAAAUCUAGACAAGCUGGAUUACUGUGCAAGCUUGAAGAAUCUUGAAACAAUUUCUAACAAACAGAACUACAAAUUUAUACAGGGUGACAUAUGUGAUUCUCACUUUGUGAAACUGCUUUUUGAAACAGAGAAAAUAGAUAUAGUACUGCAUUUUGCUGCGCAAACACAUGUAGAUCUUUCGUUUGUACGGGCCUUUGAGUUUACAUAUGUUAAUGUUUACGGUACUCACGUUUUGGUAAGUGCAGCUCAUGAAGCCAGAGUGGAGAAGUUUAUUUACGUCAGCACAGAUGAAGUCUAUGGAGGCAGUCUUGAUAAGGAAUUUGAUGAAUCUUCACCCAAACAACCUACAAAUCCUUAUGCAUCGUCUAAAGCAGCUGCUGAGUGUUUUGUACAGUCUUACUGGGAACGAUAUAAGUUUCCAGUUGUCAUCACAAGAAGCAGUAAUGUUUAUGGACCACAUCAGUAUCCAGAAAAGGUUAUUCCGAAAUUUAUAUCUUUACUACAACACAACAGGAAAUGCUGCAUUCAUGGAUCAGGGCUUCAAACAAGAAAUUUCCUUUAUGCUACUGAUGUAGUAGAAGCAUUUCUCACUGUCCUCAAAAAGGGGAAACCAGGUGAAAUUUAUAACAUCGGAACCAAUUUUGAAAUGUCAGUUCUCCAGCUUGCCAAAGAACUAAUACAACUGAUCAAAGACACCAGUUCAGAGUCUGAAAUGGAAAACUGGGUCGAUUAUGUGAAUGAUAGACCUACCAAUGACAUGAGAUAUCCAAUGAAGUCAGAAAAAAUACAUGGCUUAGGUUGGAGACCUAAAGUGCCUUGGAAAGAAGGAAUAAAGAAAACAAUUGAGUGGUACAGAGAGAAUUUUCACAACUGGAAGAAUGCGGAAAAGGCAUUAGAACCCUUUCCAGUACAACCAUCAUUUGUAUAGUCAGGACAGUUUUCAGAGAGAGGAGAAAAUUAUCCUACCUCUACAAGUGGUAUGAAAUCAAGUGACCAAACGAAGUGUCCUCUUUUCAUUUGGAAUAAGAUUCAUGACUUUUUUUUAUAAAAUUCAAAUGCAAAAUGCCUUAAUCUUUAGAAGAGUUUCAGUAUUGGCAUAGGAUUUAAAUAUCAAAAUUCUUUCAGGGGGCCGGCCUGGUGGCGUAGUGGUUAAGUAUGAGCGCUCUGCUUCGGCGGCCCGGGGUUCGCAGGUUUGGAUCCUGUGCGUGCACCGACGCACCACUUGUGAAGCCAUGCUGUGGCAGCCUCCCACAUAUAAAGUAGAGGAAGAUGGGCGCAGAUGUUAGCCCAGGGCCAAUCUUCCUCAGUGAAAAGAGGAAGAUUGGCAACAGAUGUUAGCUCAGGGCUAAUCUUCCUCACCAAAAAAAAAAAAAUCUUUCAGAAACCUUUUCUCUUGAAAAUUAGGAACCAUUAGGCAUAAAAAGGCUCCUCUGUAGGAGUGGGCCAGGAAGGAGGAAUCUCGUGGUUCUGAGAACAAGGACAGGUAAUAGCCCUGGGCAGGUGACAGCCUUUGCUGACGUUGAACUUCAUCGGCUUCCCAACCCUUCCCACUGCCUAGAAAGUCUCUGAAGUUUUCAUUUUUAGGCAAUAUAGGAUAAGCUUUAUACCCUAAUUCACCUUUUUUUAAGGUCUGAUGUUGUGCUAUAAUUGCUUUAAAAAUGGAACAAAAUGGAAGCAUAUCUAGCACUUUUUAACUUUUGAUAAUUUUGUAAAACUCAUUAAGUUAAAUGUUUUUUAAAAGAAGGAUGCAAUUUUUAUAUUUUCAAAAUCAGUCAUUGAAAUAUAUGUACGUAACCUUGUAUCAGAGAAAUUUUAUCAUGUAUUUACUGUUUAAAAUGAUUUUAUUUAUAAAAUUAUCAAUAUUUUAAUGUAUUUAAUGUAGAAUGUGGCUUUUUUUAAUAAUGUAUGUUUUUAUUUUGCUGUAAAAAAUUUA